GUAUUAUACGCUCACAGUCAUUCGUAUACAUUUGGACUUUUAUAUCUAUUCGAGUAUUCACAUACAUUCAUACAUUUGCAGCUACUCAUACCUGUAUACGCGAAUAUUGAAUUAUAAAUUCCUAUCAUUUAAUACCUUUCCAAGAUGUCUUCCUCUGACAGAAACGCGAAUCUCAUACUCAAAAGCAGCGAAUCCUCAAAUCUGACCUUUGCUUCCACCAUAAAGAGAAGUGAACCCUCGACUUUUCUCUCUCUUCCCACAGAACUUAUACAGAAUCUAUUCAAACGGCUUCUUGAACGAGCCCAAGAGAAAAGCUCAAGAUUCUCUAACUAUGGAAUUCAACCGAGACACAUCAAGGAUGCACUCAAUAUGCUAUCAAUAUCCAAGUAUGUACGAUCUACUUGUUUACCAGAAUUUUAUCGAGAAAUACGCAUUUCUAUCACACUGGACCUCGAGGGAGAUGAAUAUCUGGGAUACCCCGAGAUUUAUGAAUCGGAAGGAGGCUGGAUAGAAAAAGUAGAAGCGGCAGACUUCAGUUUUGAAACAAUACCGGACCCGAAUUGGCAUGAACAGACCCCCGAUCUUGGUAAAAAUAAUCGACAGAGAUUAGACAAGUUUUUAGUUCACCACGGCAGUCAAAUCAGCCGUAUCAAGCUGAACAUAACCAAUAUCGGGAAUUGUGAUGGCUCACUCUUAUCUACGGACGAUGGCUCGUACAGACUGUUUAAAGUGAGAAUCAAAAAGGUUAUUGAGCAAUUGUUAGGCAACGGGGAAGGAGAAACACCUAGAACAAAGAAAAUACUUGAGUUUAGAUUAUGUGUUCAACCAGACCGUGAAUACCCCAUACCAGAAGACGAAGACUACGAUCCUUACACAUUUGAGUGCGUAUGCCUCAACAUUCUAAUGCCAUUUCUCGAACCUUUGAGAGAGCAUCUUGAUUCAGAACAAUGUGCGAAGUUGGAUUGGAAUGGGGUCUAUGUUCUCAAGACUACCGACAUCAAUUGUGGUAUCUUUUCUUACAAGAAUAUUUCAUUUGUCGGGGACAUGAUUGUUGAUCUGGUACAAGAGGAAAAGAACGCACGAUGCCAGUGGUCAAAAGAGCAAUUGCUACGAGGUAUUGGGAUAGACACAGCGCUCGUGUCGUUUCCUGUAGAGGGGAAUGAAGAUCAAUGGAUCAGCUUCUGGAGGAAUAAAAGGGGUGCAAACCCGUACCGUCUAGCCUGUGUCAAUUUCCUAUAUCCCAGGGGUAUUGCUCAGGCGCUUACAACACAUCCUGUAGAUUUUCAAUGGGUUCUAAAAAUCCUAGAGUCGUCUUCUUUAAAAUGGGACAUUCAUGAGAUUCGACUCACUCUUGAUUUACUGCGUGAAAGAAGGAAGCAUUGUCUUGAAAACUAAAGUGUCCAUUCUAUUCACUUUUGGACUUUAAGAUUGGAACGGCGUUUACGUUUUUGGGACUCUCGAAGUUGAGUUCUGGUAAUAGAAACCAUUCUAAGGUUGAGCGUUCACAAUUUCUUCAUUUCCCCCUUAUGUAUUUAUACCAUUUUCGCAUAGUAUCUGUAGAUAUCAAUAACGUACGUCAAUAAUAAUGUAAUGAUUUUAACA